GGUCUUGGCAACAUGGCGUCCUCCUUGAUGUGCUGAUGAGAGGAGUUUCACUGUAGCUUCAAACCAGAGGGCAAAACUCUCCAAACCCAUUAAGCCCACACUACCUGUCUUCUUCGCGCCUCCGUGUCGCCCUUUUCUCAGGACUGGUUCUCAGGCAGGAGAGAGCCACGGGGCCGAAGGCCAGGACCGGCCAGGCCGCGCGGAUCCGGGGCUGAAGAGCCGGCUGCGGGCGAGCACGAUGGGCCGGUCCUGGCUCUGGGUGCAGCAGCUCCGGCGAGUGCGGGACCCGCAGGGCUGAGAGUGGCUGCGGGAACCUCUUCGCGCUCUGAACCUCUUCCCCUCGGCCGGAGACCUCAGCCUAGGCGGCGAACCGGCGCCGAGAGCGGGCGGCCUUCCUGUCCUCGGAUCCGCUGAGGCGUUGGAGGCCGAGAGUAGGGUCAGCGUGAGGCCUGAAGUCCCUAGAGCCUUUGACAGCUCCGCUCGCAGCCCCUCCGGGGACGUGCAGCCUGGGAAGCAGCCAGUGGCUUGGGAUCUGCGGGCGUGUGUGUCUGUGCGGAGCUCCUCGGUCGGCUCCAAUUCACCUCGGCUCUUCCCACCUCCUCCGCCUUCCCGCUCAGAGUAGAGAGAAGGGGCUCAGACUUUUUGCCCGAGUAAGGGUCUCCGCACACUCCCCAUUCAUUUCCUUUUCCGCUCCUCUCUUUCCUGAUUCUUAUUUCCCCAGUUCUGGUACACACUAGUUUUUAAGGCUGGAGGUUCUCGAGCGCUUGCUGCCAAGGACUCCCCCACCUCCUCCCCCCCUGAUGGAGUCCGAGAUGCUGCAGUCCCCUCUUUUGGGACUCGGGGAGGAAGAUGAGGCCGACCUUACAGACUGGAACUUGCCUUUGGCUUUUAUGAAAAAGAGGCACUGUGAGAAAAUCGAAGGCUCCAAAUCCUUAGCUCAGAGCUGGAGGAUGAAGGAUCGGAUGAAGACGGUCAGUGUUGCCUUAGUCUUGUGCCUGAAUGUUGGCGUGGACCCCCCGGAUGUGGUGAAGACCACCCCCUGUGCCCGUCUGGAGUGCUGGAUCGAUCCUCUGUCGAUGGGGCCUCAGAAAGCUCUGGAAACCAUCGGUGCGAAUUUGCAGAAGCAAUACGAGAACUGGCAGCCGAGGGCCCGGUACAAGCAGAGCCUCGACCCGACCGUGGACGAAGUGAAGAAGCUGUGCACAUCCUUGCGCCGCAAUGCCAAGGAGGAGCGGGUCCUCUUCCACUACAACGGCCACGGGGUGCCCAGGCCCACCGUGAACGGGGAGAUCUGGGUCUUCAACAAGAACUACACUCAGUACAUCCCUCUGUCUAUAUAUGACCUGCAGACGUGGAUGGGCAGCCCAUCGAUAUUCGUCUACGACUGCUCCAACGCUGGCUUGAUCGUCAAGUCCUUCAAACAGUUUGCCUUGCAGAGGGAGCAGGAGCUGGAGGUCGCGGCCAUUAACCCGAACCACCCGCUGGCGCAGAUGCCUCUGCCCCCGUCCAUGAAGAAUUGCAUCCAGCUGGCUGCCUGCGAGGCCAGCGAGCUGCUGCCCAUGAUCCCCGACCUCCCGGCCGACCUCUUCACGUCCUGCCUCACCACCCCCAUCAAAAUCGCCCUGCGCUGGUUUUGCAUGCAGAAAUGCGUUAGUCUGGUGCCUGGGGUCACACUGGAUUUAAUAGAAAAGAUUCCCGGCCGGCUAAAUGACCGGAGGACCCCUCUGGGAGAACUGAACUGGAUCUUCACGGCAAUCACAGACACCAUCGCGUGGAAUGUGCUCCCUCGGGAUCUCUUCCAAAAGCUCUUCAGACAGGACCUGUUGGUGGCUAGUCUGUUUCGGAAUUUUCUCCUGGCAGAAAGGAUCAUGCGGUCCUACAACUGCACCCCCGUCAGCAGCCCACGCCUGCCCCCCACUUACAUGCACGCCAUGUGGCAAGCCUGGGACCUUGCCGUCGACAUUUGCCUCUCUCAGCUGCCCACCAUCAUCGAGGAAGGCACCGCAUUUCGGCACAGUCCGUUCUUUGCUGAGCAGCUGACCGCAUUCCAGGUGUGGCUCACGAUGGGCGUGGAGAACAGGAACCCACCCGAGCAACUUCCCAUUGUUCUGCAGGUGCUGCUGAGCCAGGUGCACCGGCUGAGAGCCCUGGAUUUGCUGGGACGAUUCCUGGACCUGGGCCCCUGGGCGGUGAGCCUGGCCUUGUCUGUGGGCAUUUUCCCCUACGUGCUGAAACUGCUCCAGAGCUCAGCCAGAGAGCUGCGGCCCCUGCUGGUGUUCAUCUGGGCCAAGAUCCUGGCCGUGGACAGUUCGUGCCAAGCUGACCUGGUGAAGGACAACGGUCACAAAUACUUCCUGUCGGUCUUGGCAGACCCUUACAUGCCAGCUGAGCACCGGACCAUGACGGCUUUCAUCCUCGCCGUGAUUGUGAACAGCUACAACACUGGACAGGAAGCCUGCCUCCAGGGAAACUUGAUCGCCAUCUGCCUGGAGCAGCUCAACGAUCCCCACCCACUGCUGCGCCAGUGGGUGGCCAUCUGCCUGGGACGCAUCUGGCAGAACUUUGACUCGGCCAGGUGGUGUGGCGUGAGGGACAGCGCGCACGAGAAACUGUGCAGCCUCCUCUCUGACCCCAUCCCUGAGGUGCGCUGUGCAGCGGUCUUCGCCCUUGGCACGUUUGUGGGCAACUCUGCGGAGAGGACCGACCACUCAACCACCAUCGACCACAACGUGGCCAUGAUGCUGGCCCAGCUGAUCAAUGACGGGAGCCCCGUGGUCCGCAAGGAGCUGGUGGUGGCUCUGAGUCAUCUUGUCGUUCAGUAUGAAAGCAAUUUCUGCACGGUGGCCUUGCAGUUCAUGGAGGAGGAGAAGAACUACCCCUUGCCUUCUCCGGCAACCACAGAGGGUGGGAGUUUGACCCCCGUGCGGGACACCCCGUGCACCCCCAGACUCCGUUCCGUCAGCUCCUACGGAAACAUUCGUGCCGUCACCACCGCCAGAAGCCUGAACAAAUCUUUGCAGAAUCUGAGCUUGACAGAAGAAUCGGGCAGCUCGGUGGCAUUCUCGCCCGGAAACCUCAGCACAAGCAGCAGUGCCAGCAGCACCUUGGGCAGCCCCGAGAACGAGGAGUACAUCCUGUCCUUCGAGACCAUCGACAAGAUGCGCCGCGUCAGCUCCUACUCUGCCCUCAACUCCCUCAUCGGAGUUUCCUUUAACAGUGUUUACACUCAGAUUUGGAGAGUUUUACUGCAUCUGGCUGCAGACCCAUAUCCAGAUGUUUCCGACUUGGCCAUGAAGGUGCUCAACAGCAUUGCCUACAAGGCCACAGUGAACGCCCGGCCCCAGCGCAUCCUCACCACGUCCUCGCUCACCCAGUCAGCGCCCGCCAGCCCCACCAACAAGGGCAUCCACAUCCACCAGGCAGGGGGCUCCCCCCCGACAUCCAGCGCCAGCAGCUCCAGCCUGACCAACGACGUCGCGAAGCAGCCAGUCGGCCGAGACCUGCCCGCGGGCCGCCCUGGCGCCCCGGGCCCCGCAGGGGUGCAGUACACACCCCACUCCCAGCAGUUCCCCCGCACGCGGAAGAUGUUCGACAAGGGCCCAGACCAGACCACCGACGACGCGGAUGACACUGCAGGACACAGAAGCUUCGUCUCGGCCACGACGCAGACCGGCUUCUGUGACUGGAGUGCCCGGUACUUCGCCCAGCCUGUCAUGAAGAUCCCAGAAGAACAUGACCUGGAGAGCCAGAUCCGCAAGGAGCGGGAGUGGCGAUUUCUUCGCAACACGCGCGUCAGACAGCAGGCGCGACAGCUCAUCCAGAAGGGUAUCGCCAAACUGGACGACCAGAUAUUUCUCAACAGGAAUCCCGGCGUCCCCUCCGUGGUCAAGUUCCACCCCUUUACACCAUGUGUGGCCGUGGCUGACAAAGACAGCAUCUGUUUUUGGGACUGGGAGAAAGGGGAGAAGCUGGAUUACUUCCACAACGGAAACCCUCGGUACACCAGGGUCACCGCCAUGGAGUACCUGAACGGCCAGGACUGCUCGCUGCUGCUCACGGCCACGGAUGAUGGUGCCAUCAGAGUCUGGAAGAACUUCGCGGAUUUGGAAAAGAACCCAGAGAUGGUGACUGCUUGGCAGGGGCUCUCGGACAUGCUGCCCACAACCAGAGGAGCCGGGAUGGUGGUGGACUGGGAGCAGGAGACCGGCCUCCUCAUGAGCUCCGGGGACGUGCGGAUCGUCCGGAUCUGGGACACAGACCGUGAGAUGAAGGUGCAGGACAUCCCCACGGGUGCUGACAGCUGCGUGACCAGCCUGUCCUGCGACUCCCACCGCUCCCUCAUCGUGGCUGGCCUCGGCGAUGGCUCCAUCCGUGUCUACGACCGGAGGAUGGCGCUCAGUGAAUGCCGCGUCAUGACCUACCGGGAGCACACGGCCUGGGUGGUGAAGGCCUACCUCCAGAAGCACCCCGAGGGCCACAUCAUGAGCGUGAGUGUCAACGGGGACGUGCGCUUCUUUGACCCUCGGAUGCCGGAGUCUGUGAACGUCCUUCAGAUCGUGAAGGGGCUCACGGCCCUCGACAUCCACCCCCAGGCAAACCUGAUCGCCUGCGGCUCCAUGAACCAGUUCACGGCCGUCUACAGCGGGAGCGGGGAGCUCAUCAACCACAUCAAGUACUACGACGGCUUUAUGGGCCAGCGCGUCGGGGCCAUCAGCUGCCUGGCCUUCCACCCGCACUGGCCGCACCUGGCCGUGGGGAGCAACGACUACUACAUCUCCGUGUACUCGGUGGAGAAGCGCGCCAGAUAGCGGCGCCCCCCGCCAGGCCUCCGUGUACAUAGUGCAUCCACCACGCCGCCCUGAACACUGGUCCUGACCUGCUGCCGAGGGCUCCGGGAGGCCCCUCGCUGUCUGUCUGUCCGUCCGUCUGUGGCCGCUGUCACGCCCAGGAGCCCAGGGAAGGGGCCUCUGGUGGAGUCCUGCCGUGUGACAGCCCGAGGACAGUCACAGACAUCCCAGCACCCUUCCCAUCCUGUUUUGCUUCUGAGAUUUUUAAAGGAGGAAACACACUUGUUCUAUUUUGCAAGGGACCCGAGCAUUGGCUCUACAAAAGCUCCGAGACAGAAGCCAGCUCCCCAGGGCUCAACCACCCUGGCGGACAAGGGAGCGCAAGGGCUCAACCUGGGUCUCUGGGCCGCCGCUUGGCCAUGAACCAGCCUGGGCUGCAUCCCCCUGGCUGCAAGCUAGCCCGGGUCGUUUUCUGCACACGCGCUCCUGGGGGCAUUUCCAAGCCGGCUGGGAGAGGGAGGCAUUCAAGAGACAGAGCCGGCACAUGUAGAAGGAGACAGCCCAAGCCUCCCGCCCACCACCAGUCCUCGCCCACUGGGGGCCUUCGUGGCCAAACGGUGCGAGGACUGGCAGUGCCCCUCCGCCACGCAGGCCACCUUCCCAGCACAGGCCCCUCUCACCACAGACCCGCUAACGGGAGGGGCCUGUGGCUUUGGACAGGUGAGGCAGGUCCUUGGCCAUUCAGCCACCGCCUUGGGCCACAGGGCCUGUUUCUCUCAAGUUGCUGCUGUUCCCCAGACAGGUGUGGUGACAGCCACCCAGGCCUGUGGCCUCCCACACGGCUGUACACGCAUGUGCAGGGCCCGUGGUCUGCACACCCGAGCCGACCCAUGAGUACACACUUGUGUAGUCCCAUAGCCUCCUCACUUGCACAGGCAUCACACGCAUGCACAGUGCGGGGCAGCUGGAGCCCCAAGGGCGUCUGUGGGUCAGCAGUGGCCCAUCUUGGAUGCGUCUCGCUGGGGCAGCAGAAGUUUGUGUCUGGCAGCGAGUAAUGCAAAAAAGUUUCUUGGUGAUUGCUUUGGCAUGGGUCAGGGCGUCUGUGCAUGUCACACACAGGCGUGCGUGCGUGUCUUCACGCGUACGUGCGCGACCUCGGAGCCACGGGGAUGGUUUAGCCCCAGGAAGCACAACAGAGAACGUGCUAAGCAAUGACAAACAGCGCUUGAAAAACAAAACCACGACGAUAUUCUGAAAGGCAUUUUUUCCAUUUUCCUUGGGAAUCAAGAUUAUUCAGAUAGAGGAGUGAGCUGGCUUAACUAAUUUUGCCACUACGAGGCCAUAAUAGUGGGAAUGUGAGUGCCCUCGUGCUGCGGCCGGCGCUCUGCCAACGCCAGGGCCGUGCCCCGGGCGCCGGGCGGCACCGAGCUCCGCGGCCGGGAGGACGUGCGUGCACCCCGGGAGCCG